AAACACAAAAUGAAAAAUAAUAGGAUGUCGUCUCGGUUGGAGCGUCAUCGAUUUCUUUAAUUUUGAAGAAUUUGUUUCUUUUAUUACGCCUACCGUUGAUUUUUAUUUGAAAAUCGUUUUAGUGUUUUUCGUUGUUUGUUUUUCUUCACACAAUACCUACGCUGGGUUACGUGUUGAAGAAUUUGUAGGGCAAUCAAAGGUUUACAUACUUUGAUUGUUACAAUACAUACAUACUGCUUUGCAAUAAAUAUUGAUGAUACAUCAACGGCUGUGAGUAGAUAGAUUUGUUGGGAAUUGGGGUAAAAGAGCAAGAGCAAGGGUUCUCUGUCUGCGUUUGUAGUAUUGGUUGCGGACGCCAUGUUGUUAUUUACUUUGUGAUUUUACUACGGGGAGGUAGUGCUAUGGGUAUAUUAUUGUGUUGUGCCGCUGCAUCGCGUGUGUGAGAAUGUUAGAGGAUGUACCCGUCCACGGAAGUCGGAGCGACGUCCGAACCCCCAAAGCCACGACUCAUCAGAGAAACCUCAGUCUGGAUUUCAGACAUGUGACGGGUUCUAACGGGCCGCCUGCAGGAUGCGGCCACCAAAGAAACAGAUCCCUGGACUCUGUACUCCAGAGGAUACCAGAAGACAUGACACCUACGUCACCAGAGGGGGCGCCACUUCGAAUUCCUAUCGAAGUGCCCGCUCCAAGAUUAGCGCUUCCACCAGAGGUGCCCACCGGCUCCGAUGACUCCGGCAUCCACACGCCCCCGGAUGGCAAUGAUGAAGAACGGCCACAACCCCCAGCCGCUGCAAGGUCGAGAGAAAGUUUAGACUCCGGUAACCCUGAAGACACAGAUAAACCCCCAGAACCCCCCGAUGCAAUAGAAACAACAGUGAAAUCAGAUAUUUGUGCCGCUGAAACAUCUAAAAACAAAGACUUUCUGCUCCGGUUGUUCGAAAGUAAACUGUUCGACAUGAGUAUGGCGAUCUCAUACUUAUUCAACUCCAAAGAACCGGGUGUGCAGAGCUAUCUGGCGAACAAACUGUUUUCAUUCCCAUACGAAGACGUAGAUUUCUACCUGCCACAAUUAGCGACUAUGUAUAUAGAAAUGGGCGAUGUGGCAGACGUGUUGAAACCGUAUUUGGUGUUCAGGUGUAAACAAAGUGCUGAAUUUUCACUAAGACUCGCGUGGUUAUUGACUGCUUUCGGAGGUGACGCUAAGAGAUCGAGAGCAACGAAACUUAGGGAUUCUAUAUUGGCUGAGGAGAUCAGGCCAGCAGCGAGAAGAGGGCAUCACAGGUCGCAGUCUGAUGCUUCUGCAUUAAGGCUUGCCACUCCUUCGGGAAGGCACCUUGGAGACUUGGCGUCUGGUCGAGCUUUCGACAAUGGAUGCCUCUGUGGUGAACAGUGUUCGUGUGGAGCACCAAGACUGGCGCCUCAAAUACAGUUUCUGACGUCACUGACGAACAUUGGCCGUCGUCUCGCCGGGGUCGCGGACAAGGAGCGUCGUAAUGGCCGUCUCAGGGCCGAGCUAGCGACGCUAGACCUCAACCUCCCUGCUCGGGUGUGGUUACCUUUACACCAGAGGCCGCACUAUGUGCUCAGGAUACCACCGCAUGCUGCUGCCGUCCUGAACAGCAAGGAUAAGGCCCCAUACAUAAUGUACGUGGAAGUCUUAGAAACGGACGGCCAUGAGCCUUUACCUCCUCGCCUCCUACCACCAGCGCCGCCUGCACCGCACUCACCGCCAAUCAGACAUACGAAGAGUGAAGAGAACCUGGUGCCGGAGUGGCCGGCACUGUCCUUAUACUCUGGGUUAGAUGAUGUAGACGCUGGCGACUGUUGGAGUCAUGAUGAUGAGGAGCUUAGCACCCAAUAUUCACAUAGAGCACCAGCACCGGAUAGCUUGUCACAGGUGUCAGCAGUAUCAGCUCUAUCGACGUCAUCGUGUGGGUCGCGCGAGUCAGUGGCGGUGGGCGCGGGCGAGGUGAGGCGCCGCCUGGCCGACGCCACGGCCGCGCCGCCGCCCAACGCCUUCCGACACGAUCCCGCUGAUCCAUCCGCCACGGCACUUAAGGAAUCAUGGGAAAGCAAAUACGCUCGAAUGCGUUCAUCGUCCCCGUACGGAGCGCUCAGUGGUUGGCGUCUACUGGGCUGUAUCGUCAAAGUAGGAGACGACUUGCGUCAGGAAAUGUUGGCGGCGCAACUGCUCCGAAGGCUACAAGCUGCCUGGGUCGCUGAGCGAGUGCCACUGAAGCUCAGGCCUUACGAAAUACUCUGUCUUGAUAAGGAGUGCGGUCUUAUACAACCGGUCCUGAACUCAGUAUCGCUGCAUCAGAUAAAGAAGCAAUCAGGCAAGUCUCUCCGUGCCUGGUUGGAGUUGGAACAUGGUCCUCCGAACAGUGAGGGCUUCCUCCGCGCACAGAACAACUUCGUGGAGUCCGCAGCUGCGUACGCCCUUACCAGCUACCUUCUACAACUUAAGGAUAGGCAUAAUGGAAAUAUUUUACUGGAUAGCGCGGGCCACAUAAUCCACAUAGAUUUUGGUUUCAUAUUCUCAAUAUCACCCAAAAAUCUUGGAUUUGAGAGCUCACCGUUUAAGUUGACACAAGAGUUUGUGGACGUGAUGGACGGCGAGAAUUCCGAUAUGUUCCAGUACUUCAAGAUUCUAAUCUUGCGCGGACUCAUUGCGGCGCGCAAGCAUUGCGACCAGAUCAUACACGUCGUGGAACUCAUGCGCAUGGGCGGUCAGUUGUCGUGCCUGCGCAGCAGUAGCGCGGUGUCGUCGUUCCGCGCGCGGUUCCACGUGGGCCGCACGGAGCCGGCGCUGGCCGCGCUGGUCGAGCGCCUCGUGCGGGACGCGCUGCACUCGCUGUCCACGCGCCUCUACGACAACUACCAGUACUACACCAACGGCAUCCUCUAGCCGCCUACACUCCUCCUGGCUUCUCUAUAGCCCGCUACAUUAUACCAUAAACAUUCAUCGAGUACAAUUGAAAAUUGUAUGUACGACACUGAAAUAGGUCAAUUCUACACAUUGACUUUUUUGUUCUAUUUGAUUUGUGUUUAUGGUAUUGAUCUAACGUGUCUAUUUUGUCUCACUUUUUCACCCUUUACCGACUCUUACAUAUAAACAUGUAAUGGCAAAACCACGCGAUUGUAAUCCUAGAUCUCCUUCAUCAGAAUUACUCAAGCUUCGUAACGUUUGUUGCCGUAUGAUUCAUUACAUCGCACCAGCCCCAUACUACGAUAUAUUACUUCGUAGCUGAGCUCUUGUAAAACGAAUCAAUCGCUUGUUAUAUACGACAUCAGUCAGUAUACUGUCGUUGAAGGGUACUUUAUUAUUUAAUUUAGUUACUAUUGUCUAGCUUCCUGUAUGAGCACCCGCACCUUAGGAAAAUUUAUAGUUAAAUGAAAUGAGAAAUUCUUAAGUAAUAUUUGAAUUGAAUGUGUUAUCGCUCUCUUACUGAAACUCAUUUUCUCAUUAUACAGAGUGUUACAUGAGAGUUGACAUUGAUCUUCAAUGCAUAUAUUGGUUUAGAAAAUUCAAGAUUCCCACACUACGUUAACUUGUAAAUCAUAGCUUACAUCACGUAGAUUUUGUAAAUUGUAGUGCCAUAACCCACGGACACACGCUGUACCUUGAAACUUUAGUCUUAUUUGCUCAAACAUUAACACUCGAUCAUUCACGAAUAUUUUUAACCCGUCCACUGUAGAUCCCGAUAGUGCUUUGUAAAGAUAAAAAAAGAUUGACAGAAUAUUUUUCAUGUAUAAAGGUUACUGUGCAAAUAGAAUGUUAUAAAAUUCUAAAAUAAAAUAUGUAAAUAAUAAAAUGAAAUUAUGAUAAUUUUCGCAAUGAGAAGACUGAUUGUUCAGGCAUGAAGAGUGGUUUAGAUUUAGGUUUCUUAGCCGAUUAAAUUUAAGUUUUAUCCUGUAUGUACAUUGGAAGUCAUGAAUGUGAAACGAAUGCGGAAUGCUAAAUUGCUGUUACAGACGUGAAUGCGAACGAUAUGCCAAAGGAAUGUGUAAAAAUGGCAUUGUUUUAGAUGUUAAUACUUAUAGAAUAAUAUGGAAAUCGAAAAUCUUAUUGUUAAAUGUCCAACGCUAGAUAGACUCAGAGACACCAAAAUAAAUUAGGUGGAUCUAUAUAACAAAUAGAUGUUUUAUGAAUAUAUCAAUGUAUGUUUGAUGUAUGGGGUUAUUGUUAUUCAGUGUUGUGGGCAGUGUUGCCAUUAGGUAGGUAAUGGAACCAAUAUUAUUGUACUAUUAAACGAUGGAGUAAACAUUGAUUAGAAGUAUAAUUUGUAUCAUUGACCUUUCGACAUCUUAAAGGUUUCAAAGGGGAGUGAGAAUGUUGCCAAAUUUUUAACUAUAGCAAUGACAAGAUGUUAUAUUUUUAAAUAUGUCCACUCUAAUAUUCCGAUUUUCUCCUCAAAAUAAAUGACAUACUUUAAGUAAUGUAAUGCAGUAUAGACCGGGUUUGCCAGUUUGUUGCAUAUACAUAUUUCAUGAGAAGUUAGUUAUACAAUUUUGAAGGUUUCAUCAUUAAAUUCGAACUAUUUCUCUUCUGUUGUUGUUACAACUUGUAGUUAAAUGACACACACUUAUAAACAAACUGGUUGAUUCCUGGCUAUACUGAGAUAGGAACGUCAGUCACAGAUAUAUAAUGUUUUUAUAUCAUAAUAAAAUGCCUGAAUAUAUAGCAUGGCAAUAUCGUCUGGAGGCAAGAAUGUAUAAUACCGUGCAUUUUAUUUUACGACGUCAUAUAUUUUAUAUUUAUAUUUCUUGUAUAAUAAUACGAUUGUUAACUAGAUUACAGUGUCAAGUUUUAGUUGACACAUUAUAUUUGGGGCCAGUUUACGUCGUUGCUUUGGUUUUUGUUUUAUUGAAAUGCUAGAAAUCAAGCUGUUAGUUAAUAUUCAACUUGGCUGUUUAACUUGUGGAACAUAUGCAAGAAAACUGUUGGAGCCAACUGUUUAUAGGACAUCAUGUCUUCCUCCCUUUUAUCAUCAAAUCUUUGUGAACUCCACUUACGUGAAUUAGAUCUGCAUAUGAAUUAAGCAAUAACAUGCCUUAUUUUAGAAUAAUUUAAGAUUAUUUUGCGCUUUUUAUGUACUUAGCUCCUUCGCUAGGCGUACAAGAUGUAAACUGGCCUUUAACGACGCUAUUCAUAGUUUUGUAUAAAUUGCCUCUCAGCUUAAGCUCUAGCCUUAAUAAAAACUGUAUUUAUUACCAUUAUAUUUGUGUGUGGGUGAACUAUUAUUAUUGUCGCAUUGGACAAAUACAUAGUAUAUAAUUGACGUACCUUUAAUAAUUAUAUUCAUUAUAGUCUCAUAUUUGUUUAAAGUUGAAAAUUAUAAUUAUAUAUUUGUAUAUAAACGUUUUCGCUUAUGGUCAAUAUUAAAUUAUUCUGUUAAGAAAAUAUUGAAAAUGUCCGAAACUAAGAUAAACUUUCUCCUCGAAAUUAAUUCGUUAUUUAUCAUCAUGUACAGGUAAUUGUAAGUAGGUACUCUAACAUCUAUCGUUUAUCUUAAUUUUUUAAAUAUACAUAAUCAUGAUUUUU